UAUAAUUAUAGAUUAAUUCUCUAGUUCCAUUAUUGACAAAGUCAACACAUUUUUUACAGUUCGAAUAAAAACAUGAUUUACCUUCCACGCCGAUGAUUACAAUUCGAUUUAAUGGACUUUCCCGGAAGGAACAUAAAUUUACGGGCAGCGUUUAUAUACUAACCAUAAAAUUGUAUGACCAUUGCGUGCAUUUAAUUUGAAGGGUAUUCGACGAUUUAAGGAAACGUUUUGACAAAAUAGGGUAAGAUAGCUUUAUAGGCUUCCAGACGUACACAUAGGAUACGCCCAACUGAUGUCAAAAGGGAUCAUGACUGAUGAAAACGAGAAAAGAUAUUCGAGGCUACCCGAGACAGCUGGGAAGAGGGCAGCUUCUUUAAACCAGCACUUGGGAAGACGGCUCAGUAACCAAAUGAAAAAACUUGACGACGAGCAAAGAACAUCCCGCAGGAUUUUGUCGUCCGAAAUUUACCAGAUCCGAGCAGAAUUAAUGUCCCAACAAAUGGAGAAGUUGGCGAUGAUGCAACGCAAAACGUCCGAAAUGGAUAUAUUGAAUGGAAGUGAUUCACAGUCAGAAUCCGAGGAGAACCAUUUACCAGAAAGACCUCAAACAAGUCCAGUUUACAGCAAUCGGAACAGAAGAGGCAGCGCACUUUUAUCAUGGGCCGGAAAGACUGAUAAUCCAUUUUCGGACGAUUUUAAUCGCUUUAAAUAUCGUCCUAAAACAGCUCAUCCAGACUUGACUACAAGCAACAAUCAAAGUGAUGUAAGACGUAUGGGACGAUCGACAAAUAUUGCUCAACAAAGGCAAAACAAGGAAAGAUCGAAAUCACUCAGUAGUUACAGAAGACCAACCACAAGUUCAAUGCGAAGGCAUUCAGAUGUACCGUGCUUAAGAUCGGCAAGAGUUUGGGAAAAUAGGACAAAUGGAAGUGUGAACAUUCAAACUAACGGAAAAACCACAACAAAAAAGGAUACUAUAUCAUUGAAUAGAAGGGCAACGAUAACUUCUUUUGGUUUUCCAACAAUACCAGAAGAAUUUCACACCAAAAAGCGUUCAAAAAUGUCAUCUUCCCCGACAAGGAGAGUAUCAUCCGCGUGUGUGAAAACUAAAUGGUCAAUGUAAAGUUUGGUAGGAUAAAACAAGUUUCGAAAUUCUCGUUUUUUUUUCGGGUGCGUUAGAAUAAAAUGAAUGUCCCGCCACAUAUAACAUAGUUGUCUGGAUACGGCGAACCAUUUCUAUAAAUUUACAUUACUCUUCGACAUUUCGACUUCAAAAUUUUCGAAUUUCUCCGGUACAAAUGUCCAUAAGCCAUAAGCUACCAAACUGCUCACAAAAACUGAAAAGUGCAACCAAAAUCAAAGUUUAGAAAAUGAUAUCCGUAGUGUUUUUCUUGUACCGGUAUAUGCUUUAUCAAUUCAUCGAUCCAAAUCAAUAUCCAUGUACCUGAAUAUCUAAUAUUAGUUUAAUCCAGGCCCAAAACUGGACUUCGGUAUGUUAUUUUGUACGACGAAAUACGGAUAUUUAUCUUAUUCUAUCGGAUGAACAUAUUGUAGAUAAGUUCGUCUUUGUUUUGUAGCCUUUUAAUUUUAAUACAUUAGAUACACUGUGAAAUCAGUUUUUGGAGUAUUAACUUCCUGUGUUUUUUCUUUUUCAAUUAUUUUUUUUACGAACACGAGAUCACUUAUUGAAGUUUUAAGAUAAAGUUCGAUAUACCCGAAUUUAAAUUGGUAUAUAUUGUAUUUUGUUUGUGUCCAAAAUAAAGUGCAGUGCAUGGUCGUUAUGGUCUGACUGAUUCGUAUAUUUGUUCUUAUCGUUGAUGCCCCACUUUUUCCGUCAGUUCAAAACAACGGGCGUUCAUUAUCUCAAAAUCAAACUUGCGCAGGAUUAAUUGCAAUUAUCCAGAACGAAUUACCUUGAAAACUGAUCUUUAACCAGCUACAAUUCAAACAAAUUUUGCUCACCUACUCUGACGGGCCAUGUAAGUGUGACGUAAAAAGUUACAUUUUAUGAACAAUUAUUACAGUGUCACAAAAGCAAAACUGAAAACAAUAAACCUCGUUCCCCAACUAAAUUUAUUCACAAUCUAAACAAAUGCCGUGAUAUAUUUUUUAGCCAAAACAUCAAAAUAGGGUUUUAGUUUGGUUGUGGCAGCAUCAGGCGGACCAGACUAAAUCACCCAACGGGCCGGAUUUGGC